GAUUUAUUUAGUUGAUGAAAUGAACAAUUACUUCCCAACACAAGCUGGCCUCUAUACCGACCACAAGCAUGAAGUGUAUGCCGUACACGAGGACCACAAUGGCUUCCCUAUUAUUGGUAUCGGCUAAUACAGACGUAAAAGCAUAUCAUCCUUUCCGUUUAUUCACAAAAUAUUCUGCUCGUUGCACAGCGCGAAUCAGAGGAUUCUCGUUCGCUCCGGCCUUCAAUUUCCCGGUCGUAUACACUCAGAAAGGUCUUCGUCGAUCGUUCUCGCCUCUAAACGUGAACAGCAGCGGAGAUGAAGUCCCGGACGAUUUAAUUGAAGAACUGAGGGUUCCAAUCCAUUGGUCGGAACCUUCUAAGGCUUUAGAGGCGUCAGAAUGGCUGAGAGUUACUCUCAACAAGUGGUUGGAUGAUGAAUAUUGUCCUGAAGACACCAAUGUGGAAAUUAGCAAGGUUGCUUCAAGUUCGUUCUACAAAUCGUUAAUGGAGAAAGAGAUCGAUAUAGGUGAGAUAUUGUUAAAGAUGGCUAAAGAUUUGGAAUCUAUAUCCUAUCAGGAGAGCUUUCAUGGAGCAUUCUCAUCAGCAAAUGCAGCAGUAGGUCUCAUAAUCCAACGGAUUGAGCAGGAGUACUAAAAGCUUUACUGCAAUCGGCCAGAUUGAUAUAUUCUUCAAUUUACUAAGAAUGUUCAGCGGCUUCAGCCACACGGUCCACACAGAUACAAUCAAGGUGAAUUGUUUGGAGAAAGUGAUUUGGGUCAGGCUUAAUUCAUGUUCCUGGUGAUCUGAGUAUAUAAUUGGCAGCUAACUUUGGUAGCUAUUUGCCUAAGAAGUGCAUUUAACUAUCUGAAAACGCGUUCUAAGAAAUCAUAUUGAAAGGAUGAAUGCUAACACAGAUUGUGAGAAUAGCUUGACUUGAUCAGUGUUAGAGGGAUAUUAAGGUUGUGAUUUUCCUUAGUACUAGCAUUAAAUACUGCAUGAUUUGCGGUGUAGUGAAGACUGAAAAGGUGGAAGAGUCUCGCUCGCCUUGCAUUUAGUUUGGGUUUCACUCAUCAUCCC